AUGGCCUCCUACGUAUAUUUCAAGUUCAAAUCACAAAAAGAACCUCAGCGUGUAACAAUCGAUGGCCCUCAUACCGAUGUCUGGAAUUUGAAGCGUGAGAUCAUCAACAUUUCUCGGCUAGGCGAUGGCACAGACUUUGACCUGAAGAUCUACAAGGAGAACAGCAACGAAGAAUAUACAGAUGACACUGAAAUAAUCCCCAAAGAUUCGACUGUCCUUGCCCGAAGAUUACCUGCCUCUGCGCCUGGGAAAGGGCGCGCUGCUCGAUAUGUCUCUGGUAAACCGCCCGUCAGUGCAAAGCCCAUGGCAGCGAAUAUUGCGGCCAAGCCUCGUAAAACAGUGGACAUGGCCAAAGCAAUGACGGAACAAGAAAAGCUCCAAGCCAUGCUUCAAUUUACAGACGCACAAUGGCAACAAAAACAAGAGGAAAUGUCACACGAGACCCGUGUCCCUAUGCAGGGAAAGCCGUUCAACAAGAAAGCGAACAUCCCGGAAGGCGAACCUCCCCACGGCUACAUCUGUUACCGCUGUGGCAAGAAAGGGCACUGGAUCCAAGCAUGUCCAACCAACGAUGACGCUUCCUACGACAAUAAGAACCGAAUUAAGCGCACGACUGGUAUUCCUCGGUCGAUGCUGAAGAAGAUCGACCAAGCAGAUAUCGACAAGCUCGACGAUUCUCAGAGACAAAAUCUGAUGGUAAACGCCGAGGGAGAGUACGUCUUUGCGCAAGCGGAUGAAAAGGCAUGGAGAAAACACCUGGAACAGGUCAAGGCUGCCGAAGCGGCGCAGAAGAAAGAGCAAAUUGGUGACAAGGAGCUGCAAGAUCGAGGCUUGGAAUGCUCGAUUGACAAGCGCUUGUUUGUAGACCCAAUGAAGACACCUUGUUGUGGGAAGACAUAUUGUCACGUUUGUAUCGAAAAUGCAUUACUUGAAAACGAUCUCACAUGUCCUGGCUGUGAGACGGAGAAUAUCAGUCUCGAGCGUCUCGAGCCUGACGAGGAGAUGAAGGACAAAAUCAAAGAGUAUGAAGCAGAAAAGUCUGCAGAGAAGCAGCGGUCUAGAAGUCCUACAGAGGGUGCCGCCGCUUCACCAAAGGUCAAGGACUCUCCUCCAUAUUCACCUUCACAAUCUCGAGAGGGUUCUGCCACGCCUCAAUCAGCCAGUGGUUCGGCGAGAAAGCGCAGUGCGAGUGAAGUCGACGGAGCAACAUCCUCAGAUAGCCUCGCCGCCCCGGCCAUGAAGCGACAGAAGUCUGGAGAUGCCGUGUCGUCGACACCAAAGGCGGCGGAUGCCGAGCUGAAUCCUUCCAAGGAGCAGACUGCGACUCCUGAGAGUAAUAACGUGCUUCCUGCAGACAUGAUGCCGCCAGACUUGUCGCAAAUGCAGUCAGGAAACAACAUGGCUUUGCCCAUGAUGCCGGGCUUCAACCCCAUGAUGAUGAAUCCGAUGAUGAUGGGUAUGGGUAUGCCGGGCAUGAACGGCAUGAAUCCGAUGAACUUCAUGAAUCCUAUGAUGAUGAAUGGGAUGAACCCGGGAAAUAUGGGCAACAUGAACAUGGGCAUGGGUGUUAACUUCGCCAAUCCAGGUCAGAUGCCGAAUUGGAACAUGAAUAUGAACAUGAACAUGAACCAGAAUCAGAAUCCCAACACCAACAUGAACCAGAAUCGGCCUAAUAACUUCCACCAGAACAACAACAAUCGCCCUAUUCGAAAUCAGACCUUUCACCAGCAGCCCAAGCCAUCGCCACCUCAACAGCCGGCUGGGAUGUCUGGAGUUCCGACCGGUCCCAAAGCGCUGGUCAACCAGAAUCCGAAUCAGGGCUUCUACCCGCCGUCCGGUCCAGCAGGGAAUCGAUUUGCGAACCAACAACGGCACGUAGGAAAUGAAGAAGACAAUGCCUACAUGCGGCAGCCUGUCAAUCCCCACCGGCAUAUCAACCGGAAUCGCAAGCCCCGGCAGGCAGACUAUAGGGAAUUGUGA